CGCCGCCGGUCCCAAAGGAAAGCGCGAGCGAGCACGAGGGAAAGGGAGAGAAGCCGCGCGGACCAAUGGCACGCGCGGAUAUGCGAGGUCGCUUGAACACCACCCUCCCGCGAUAAAAACGCGGCGCGCGCGACCGGUCGCGCGUAUUCCGAUCUCGUUUGCUCGGCUACUGACAACGUUGCGAUGCCUCCCCAGCCCAGCGGUAAGGCCGUGAAGAAGGCCGGCAAGGCGCAGAAGAACGUGCGCGCCACCGACAAGAAGAAGAAGAAGCGCCGCAGGAAGGAGAGCUUCUCCAUCUAUAUCUACAAGGUGCUGAAGCAGGUGCACCCGGACACUGGAGUCUCCAGCAAGGCCAUGUCUAUCAUGAACAGCUUCGUGAACGACAUCUUCGAGCGCAUCGCCGCGGAGUCGUCCCGUCUGGCUCACUACAACAAGCGCUCGACCAUCACGAGCCGGGAGAUCCAGACUGCCGUGCGUCUGCUGUUGCCCGGCGAGCUGGCCAAACACUCCGGCCGCAACUCCGGCCAACAGGCCGCAUCACGAAA